AUGGACCCUAACGGCAUCCUUGUAAAGUCACUGUAUAAUUGAAAGUCUUCUCCAGAUAUUGCAAGCAGUAUUUCGAUAAAGAGGAGAGAGAAUUCCCAGAUUGACAAUGAUCUCUCAAGUCACCACCGAAUUCUAGAGGAAGAAUUAGGAAGUGAUAGUCAGUCAUUGAAAAGGAAAAAUCUUCAUGAAUCCUCCUGCCAGGACUCCAGAGAGGGUACUUUUGGUGCUUACCCUAACAGGAACCCUACUGAUAGGUUCAGGAAUAUUGGUCAGAGCGUUUCUCCCAGUAAUGAAUGCAGGAUUGUCAAAAACAAUCAUAAUUACAAUAUUCGGGGGAAUAGCGGUCCUACUUUGCUAAGAAAUUUAACUCUAACAGAUAAAAGAGGAGAUAAAAAGAAGAUUAAAUAAGAAAAGUCACCAGAAGAAAAAGUUCUCUCAGAUGACGAAUCAGAUAACUGGCUCAAUGGAUGUACUAACCCAAAAAGAUUUUCAACCUGCUUCUCAGAACGAUCCCUUCGGCUCUGUGAGAGCUAGUAGGAGGGGACCUAGAAGUGGGGCAAGAAAUCAUCACGAUGAUGAUUGUGAAGUUGUCAGUCCCAUGAUUCUUAGAACUAUCCAGCACAGAGGGGCAGAUCAAUCAGAGAGCUUUGAUGUCCCAGAAGUGACCAACACUCAUUCCGUUCAGAUGAAAAAGCUCAUUGGCAAGCUUCAGACUCGGCUUGAAGAAGAGAUGGCAGAUAAGUUUCAUGAAAUGGACCGCAAAAUCAAAGCCUUGAAAGCCGAGAAUGAGUUGAACUCCCAAGGAAUCACAAAGCCUGAGAUCAAAAGACUCAUCAAUGAGGAGAAGGACAAUAUCAUCGAGGAGCUCAAGCACCACCAAAAAGGAAUCAUUCGCAAAGAAGUUCACCACAGAGUGCGCUCUGAAGUACAGGAGUUAGAAAAGAAGGUCUCUAUGAAGCUAGAAUCCAGCUAUCAGGAAAACUUUGAGGCCAUUAAAUUCUUGAGCGAUAAGGUCAAGCAGUGCAUCGACCAGUCUAGAGAACAAAGAGAUUUCUCUCUUGAACUAUCUAACCUGAAGAGUAGGAUCAAUGAGAUCAACAGAAAUGUUAACACAAGGCAAAACAAAGCCUUUAUCUCAGCUGAGAAGACUGAGCAUGAUCUUGUCUGGGAGAAAGUAGAUACUAAAUUAGACAAAAUUUAUGAAUUCCAACAGAAAAUUGGUGCAUCAGGCUCAAACACAGAAGAAAGCAAGAAAGCUUACAAUCAAUUCGGUGAUGCAAUCGUUGGCCUUGUCAAGAACCUUGUCAAAGGUAACCAAGAAGGAAAGGAUGAUGAGAUAAAUGGCUUUAACAAUAUGAUUAACUGCUUUAAUAGUAGUAUUGACAAAAUACAGCAUAAAAAUAAUAAACCGGAAGCUAAUCAAGCCUCUCAAGACAAGACAAUAUCACCAGCUAAUUUCGGGAAAGUUAUGGAUCGUAUGGCCGAACUUGUAGAGAAAUGGCAGAGACAUGAUGAAAAAUCUCUCCCUAGACCGGGCUCCACUCAAGAGAAGAUGAACUCAGACAGCAAGAUGGAGAUGUCUGAAGAUAGACAGUUCCUAGAAGAUGUGUCCAGUGUCUGGCAAGCCAAAUUUAACGAGCUCUCUGAAGAAAUUAAUGAUAUCAAGAGUUCAACAAAUAAUGAGUUCAAUAAUGUUCAUGACCUUAUCGAAGCCCUCCAGGAUGACCUUAAGACAGCUAAAAACAAGGAAUCUAAGUCAGAUGACUUGCUGCAGGAGAAUAUUAAGUCAAAAUUCGAGUUCUUUGCUAAGAACAUUAACGAAAUUUAUUCCUUAAUGGAUAUCAUCAAGAAGAAACUUAAGAAUAAUUCUCCAUCCAAGAGCAAUGAAGUGAUUAUUUCCAGACUUAACGGUUAUGGAAAGAGCAUUAAGAACCUGAAUGAUCUCUACCAAGGGACUUCAGAGAUCAAUGCAUUCUGUAAAAAGACCAUAAUAGAUACUAACAAGAAAAUAAACCUGUUUAUUAUGAGCACUGCUGAGCUUGUCAAAAAGGGUGGGAAUCUCACUCAAGAUGACCUCGACAGUAUUGCCAUGAAAGUCAAGGAUACUACACUCAACGAGUGAGGAAUUGGAGAAGACAUCAAGAUCUUUGACCACAUCGAUGAUUUGAAGCAAGGUUUUAACAAAUGCAAGAAUGCCAAUAUUAAGAGAUUCCAAGAAAUUCAAGAUUCUCAGAGCAAGGAAGUUGAAAUGCUGCUUGAAAAGAUUCAGAAACUCCAGGUUACUCAAAGACAAGUCUCAGCUCCAAAAAUUCAGAAAGAAAUCAGACCUCAUCACAUGAAUAAUUUUGGAUUUGAGGAUAAGGAGAAUCCAGUUAGAAUCAAUUCAAGUGUGAAGAAGUUGAAAGACGGCUCAAUCAUGGAUUCUGCCGAGUACCUCUCCCCUGUAAAUCAUAGAUCGAUCAACGAUAAUGGCACUGAGAUUAUCGUGCUUUCUGAGAAGGACAUAAACAGGGACACUUCUUCUCAGUAUACAGAGGAUAGUAAAGCUUUCAACCUGACUCCUGAGAUGAUCCAAGACUUAUGUACGAAGAGGAGCGAUGCAAAGGAUCCCUCUAAGCCUGUAAAUUAUCUUCCUUAUGACAUGGAAGGGUCUGAUAUCUCCUUCGCUAGAAGAAGCAGUAGUAAACAAAGUAUAAAAAUCAAAAAGAGAGAUUCUGGAAUCAAAGGGUCGAUAGUUUCUUCGAGCUCAUUAAAGAGAUCGACAGACUCAAGGAACAUCUUCGGGAAUAAGAACACGAAGAGUUCUGGGGAGAAACCCAAAAGAAAUAUCUUCUCAAGACCAUUCUCUGUGAAGAACGAGAAUAGAAAUGUAUCCGUCCUCAGAAUGUAAAGAACUCAGCUGCACUAUGAAGGAUGAAAUGACUGUGGGGCUACAGAAUCUGGUCAGGGUUUAACGACGAGGGAAGACCUAGAUAUAUGAUUCAGCUCUUUUUCGGUCAUUUUAACCUAUACUCAGAC